GUGUCGAAUCUGUCAUUGAGGAAGUUAAAAUGCGUCCGUAGCUUUUUUACAGUCACUGGUCCGUAGACAUUGGAAAUAUACAAAUAUACUAUGGCAGCCACUAAAGCCUCCAAAGAACAGAAAUACGACAGACAACUCAGACUGUGGGGUGACCAUGGUCAAGAAUCACUGGAGAAUGCACAUGUUUGUCUCAUCAACGCCACAGCAACUGGAACCGAGAUACUGAAGAACCUCGUGCUUCCAGGUAUUGGAGCAUUCACCAUAGUGGAUGGACACACAGUCUCCGGGGAAGAUGUUGGAAACAACUUUUUCCUUAGCAACAACAGCAUUGGAAAGAACAGAGCACAGGCUGCCACUGAGCUGCUACAAGAACUUAACAGUGAUGUCUCUGGAAACUUUGUCGAGGAGAGUCCAGACAAGCUUCUAGACAACGAUCCAGAGUUUUUCCACAGGUUUACCAUAGUGAUCGGUGUCCAAUUGCCAGAAAGCACAUGUCUGAGGCUAGGCUCAGUUCUGUGGAGUGCCUCUGUCCCUUUCCUAGUCUGUAAAAGCUACGGCCUGAUCGGCUACAUGAGACUAGCGGUGCAGGAGCAUACAGUGAUUGAAUCCCACCCGGACAAUGCCUUGGAGGACCUGAGGUUAUACCAGCCUUUUGCCGAAUUCAAGAACCACAUUCAGUCCUACGACCUUGACAGCAUGGACAAAAAGGACCACAGUCACACGCCGUGGAUUAUUAUUGUUGCUAAACACCUGGAGAAAUGGCUCAGUGAGCACAACUGUCAGCCACCGAAAACUUACAAGGAGAAAGAGGCCUUUAGACAGUUCAUUCGAGAAGGGAUCCUAAAGAAGGAAAAUGGUGUCCCAGAGGAUGAAGAAAACUUUGAGGAAGCUAUUAAGAAUGUCAAUACUGCUUUAAAUCCAACCAAGAUUCCUAGUGCUGUUGAAGACCUCUUCAAUUGUGAGCAGUGUAACAACAUCACAUCACAGAGCCCCUCCUUCUGGGUGAUGCUGCAAGCUGUCAAGGAGUUUGCUCUCAAGGAAGGCAAUGGAAGUCUACCUGUACGGGGAACCAUCCCAGAUAUGAUCGCAGACUCUCAGAAAUUCAUCAACCUCCAAAAUGUUUACAGAGAAAAGGCCAUGCAGGAUGCAGCAGCUGUUUCUAAGCAUGUAGAACGUCUAUUGCAGUCUGUUGGGAAGCCACCAGAGAGCAUCUCUGAAAAGGACAUCAAACUGUUCUGUAAAAAUGCAUUCUUUCUGAGGGUGGUGCGCUGCAGAUCUCUGGCUGAAGAAUAUAGUGUGGAUUCAGUAAACAAAGAUGAAAUCACCUCAAGCAUGGACAAUCCAGAUAGCGAGAUGGUGUUCUACCUCAUGUUUCGCGCUGUUGAUCGCUUCUAUCAGCAGCACUCCCGCUACCCAGGGGUUUAUAACUACCAGGUGGAGGACGACAUCAGCAAACUGAAGCUGUGUGUGAACAGCCUACUGCAGGAGUACAGCCUCAACGUCAACAUCAAAGACGAUUACAUCCAUGAGUUCUGUCGAUAUGGUGCAGCAGAGCCACACACAGUUGCUGCUUUUUUGGGAGGAUCUGCUGCUCAAGAGGCCAUCAAGAUCAUCAGCCACCAGUUUGUGCCCUUCAACAACACUUUCAUUUACAACGCAAUGUCACAGACCUCGGCUACCUUACAGUUGUGAAUACAGCUACUGAUCCUGAGUUUGCUUCCAGAUAUUAUCAGAGAAAACAGAGCAAGAUGAAAAUAGGCAUUUACCAACUUGCUUUAUUAAAUCUAUACUGUAAAGUGAAACAUUUCUAUCACAUUUGAAUGAGAUAACUGUCCAAAUGUGUGCACUUAAACCCAAAAAUGCUUCUCACGCAGAAGAUCAAAGGUCAGAACUCUUUAGACUAUCGACCAUUCCAGUUCUUGAAGGGGGAGAAGUCAGGAUAGCACCCAUGGAGGAUUUCUUCAAACUUUUUGUUGUGUGGCAGGCAACAUUUAAACAAAGCUGGAAUUGAAACUAACAAAUUUAAAACCUUAAUGUAGUAAUUUUUAUCUGUGAAACUCCACAUUUGUGUAUGGCAUAUUACAAUGUAGCAGUACUUUGUAUACUUUAAUCACAACAGUCUCUUAUUAUAUUGUGUUUGAAACAAGGUGGAAGAUUUUGGGUUAAAAUAAAAAAAUGAACAUGCUGUAUGUAGUGUUUAACUGUCAUGCAAUGCUAUAAAGACAUUGAAUAUUUAA